GUCCCCGGUGCUACCAGGGCUGUCUGAGCGAGGGACACAGACAGUGAGCAAGGCUUAAGAUGGAAGGAGGUGCGUACGGCGCUGGCAAGGCUGGGUCUGGCGUUGACCCCAUCGCCUUCCUGAAGCAACCCCAGACCAUUCUCCGCAUCCUGUGCUGGGUAUUCUCUAUCGUUGUGUUUGCUUCCAUAGUGAACGAAGGCUACGUCAAUAAAGGCAACAACCAACUUUACUGUGUCUUCAAUAAGAAUGACGAUGCUUGCAACUAUGGCAUUUCAAUUGGGAUCAUGGCCUUCUUCAUUUGCAUCCUGUACAUCACCCUGGAUUUCUACUUCCCGCAGUUGAGCAGCAUAAAGGACAGGAAACGCGUUGUAAUGGCAGACCUGGGACUUUCAGGGCUAUGGACGUUCUUGUGGUUUGUAAGCUUCUGUUUUUUGGCAAACCAGUGGCAAUACACUCCAUCAGAAAACCUUCCUCUCAACCAAGGUGCCGAUGCUGCUCGGGCUGCUGUUGCCUUCUCUUUCUUUUCCAUUCUGUCCUGGGCUGGUCUUACCUUCAAGGCGUGGCAGAGGUACCAUUUGGGAGCUGACUCUUCCCUCUUCUCUCACGAUCACUUGGACGCUGGCAACCCUCCGUACAGUGCUGGGAUAGAGAACACGGAAACCUUUCAGAGCCCUCCAUUUGCUGAAAACCUGGGGACAACGGCCAAGGGCUACCAAGUGCCGUCAUAUUAGAGGCCACAGGUCCUCCUUGUCAUUUCAAAAGUACAGUUUCCCUUUCGUUGGCCUAGAUAGAUUUCUAAUCCAGCCUAUCAAACAUCAAAUCUGCUCACUGUCUCAAGAAGGGUCCAGACCCGAAACGUCGCCUAUUCCUUCUCUCCAUAGAUGCUGCCUCCCCCGCUGAGUUUCUCCAGCAUUUGUCUACCUGCUCAUUGUCCUUUGUCUCUCCUCCAGCCCACUCUAACACAUUCCACCUAACGCAUUGGCAAUUCAUUCCAUGGGGUCCUGAUCAACUGCACGAACUUGCAAACAAUUUACAUUUUAAAGUGUUUGCAGCCACUUUCCCCCACAAAAGAUUUGAUGUUUGACUCAUUAAAACUGAAGCCUAUGUAGGCCAAUGGAAAAGGGAUAUUGUGGUACAGUCUUAAUUUGUGGUGCAGUGUGGAUUGUUCACUGGUUGAGUGAAAGAGUACUAAAGUGCUGUCCAAGAUCAUUAGGCUUUUCGUGUGCUAAACUGAUGCUGGGUAAAACUUUCUUUGGCUAAUAAUGUAGUGUACUCACUAUAUUAGUGGUAUUGUCAUUCUUGUAUUAAUACGUAGAAUAUAAGUUGGAAACAGUCUCUUCCGACGAUAAAGAACUUACUCAGUGUUUUUCGGAACUCUCUUCUUGUUUGGGCUCUCUGUGUGAACUCAUGAUUCACAAUU